CUUCAGGGUCGCCAACGUCAGCACGGCCCAAUCUUAUGUUUGGGCCUCCCAAAUUCUCGGGCCCAAAACCACACUUUUAACUCUUACCAAAUUCUCUCUAUUUUCUCGGAAAAAACAAAAAAUGGCAAUCUCGGUCUUGAAAGCCCACAUUCUCCGGAAACAGAGCUCCCUGCACCAGCUAUGGCCGCUCAGCGUAACCAACGGUGGUCUCCGCCGUAGACGAUCCAACGAGUUUCCUCUUCUUCCUCUACUCUCACAUCCCAUCCAUUUUCGCUCUCAUCCUCUUCCAGUUCACAAUUGUUCUCGCACUCCUCUCUCUACUUUCCUCCCUGUGCUCCGACGUCGUUUGCACCAUCUAUCGUGUUCCAUGUCCUCACCGGAGGCCGACGGUACCUCCGCCGCCGGGGACAAAACGGUGAAGGUGGUGAUCAAGGGUAGGGUUCAAGGAGUGUUCUACAGGAAUUGGACCAUCGACAAUGCAAAGGAAUUGGGCCUGAAAGGUUGGGUCCGAAACCGUAGGGACGGGUCUGUGGAGGCCCUGUUCUCGGGAAGCCCAGAUAAGGUUCAGGAGAUGGAGCAGCUAUGCAGGCGGGGCCCGCCCGAUGCUAUAGUAACGGGCCUACAGGUUGUCCCCUGCAGUGAUGAUCCUGGGCCCACGUUCGAGCGUAAGCCAACUGUUUAAGCAGAUUAUAUGCGGUUUGAAGAUAAAUAGUGUAUUAUAUUGAUUCCCAUUUUUAAUAGUAACUCUGUCUUGGUAGUCUUGUGAGGAUAAUGCAAUGUAUGGAUAUGUAUUAUGUACUGUGGUUUUAUGAUAGUUAUUAAUAAAAGUCAUUUUUGGGAUUUAAUUCUGACAGACUAUAAGCUUGUGUGGAUAUCUGUAUAUUGAAUGGUGAAUAGGGGUGUAAUUGUAAAUGAGUCGAGCCAAG